AGGCUGCUAUUUUGGCAGUUAUUUAAACCUAUUUAAAUAUUAAACUCAACAAACAGAACCUCUUGUUUGUUUGGUGAUUUUAAUUACACGGACCCUAAUCUAAAUUUCAAAGGGAAAUGAUAUCGUAUCAACGUAUCAAACCAGAUAGAAGCACUACAAAACUACAAUUCCCAUUAACCCCCGCUUUACAAACGCGCCUGCUCUCUGCAUUCCUCAAUUUGAAUCACCAGGAGGCGGGAAGUAAGGAAGAUCAUGUGUAUUUUGAAGCAACUUGCCUUCGUCAGCUACAACUUUUUUACCUCAGUAUUUCAUAGGGGUUUUACAUAUUUUACCGACGGUUCAUUUUUAGAUGUCUGGUACUUUUCCUGAACGAUCGAAUCGGAAGAACUUCAUACAAUAUACUCAUUCAAAGUAUAAUCUCCAAGUCGAAGACGAGGAUUCCUCUACACUGACCAGUACAAGAUGACUGCCAAAGGUGUGAAGAGGAAGUUCCCAACAGAACCAGAGGAAAUGGGCCCGGUGUGGGAGCACCAGCGGCAGUCUGUGCUCGACAUUUCCCUUGAGAAGUUCCAGCACGACCUCACCCUGGUGGAGCCCAGCCUGCGACGCUCCGUGCUGAUCGCCAACACGCUGCGCCAGAUUCAGUAUGAGGAGCCGGUGCCGAGUCCUCACGACCCGGUCAUCCCGCUCAAAACCCCACCUUCUCCGAUCCAGCAAUCAGUUUUACCAAGCAGCUUCAGCCACCAUGGGCCCGUCCAGUCCUUUCCCGCGGCAGUCGCCUGUCCGUCGUUGACUGAUGAUAGCGCAGAUGACUGGAUGUCCACGUCUUCUGAAGACGAAUUCUCCCUGUCCACGGCCAUCUCCUCCAUUCUAAGGGAGCUGGACGGAGAUGGCAGCCAAAACAGCAGCCAGCCCUCUCUGACCCUGCAGAGGACACCCCUGGGGUCCAUUGAAAAUCUCCCUGUAGGUUUGGAUGCCGGGCCCAGGCAGAAGCCUUGGAGGGCUGGGCCGAGAGGAGAGGAGUGCUGGAGAGGUCUUGAAGGUAUUCCUCUGGGCGUUGGUGUUGGUGUCACACGUCAAACGUCCUUACACGAUGCUGCCCUCGACAGCCUCUUCUUGGAUGUGGAUAUGUCUGUGUUUGACAGGGAGAUGGGAUCGCUCGGGGCGCGGGCCUUCUCUACGGUGGCCAGCGAGGAGCUGGUGAAAUAUCUGCCGUCGCUCUCGGGGACCAGCUCCACUGGGCUCUCCAGCCAGGGUGUGAAAGACUUGCACGAACUUGAGCAUAUCAUGGAGAUACUAGUCGAGUCCUGAGAUGGGUGUUGUGAUUUAAAAAAAAAAGAAAAACAACAACUUGUGGGGGAAAUGUCAGGUAUUAUAGGAGCCAUACAUCAUCUACGCCGUCUGUAUUUGUUCUACUACCCUUGUAUGUACAGCACUAAGAAAUAUGCACUGUUUGAGUGCAGAACUAUUGAAAUACUGCUGUGAGUUCAGUGAAUAUCCAUCGAGAUUCCUACACAGAUGUUAUAAGUAUAUGACAAUUUAUGGAACAUGACUGCAUGGAAAUAUUAUUUGAGAGGUUACGAGCACAAUAUGAAUUUAUUUUUUAAUAUUAUUAACCCAUUGUGGACUGAAAAGGGUCAGAAACAACAUCUGAAGUUAAUUUGGAAGUGUUAGGGGAAAAGGGCCCAGAAGUGUGAGGUCGUUUUGUACACAGAGCCUGAAGACACGUGUGUGUGUGUGUGCACGUGUG